AUGGAUGCAUGGGCAGAUAACUCUGCUGGAAUGGUGUCGCUUACAUCUCCAGAAGUAGGGAUUAAAGGAGGAUCGCAUAUUUUGAAUUAUUCGGACCCUUUGUUAGCUAAAGUUAUAGAGUUCAAAAAGGAAUUACAAGCAGAGGUGGAAACAAAUAUUGAAAGUGAAGAGUCGGACGAAAAACCAAUUGUUGAAAUGAUGAUUGCGGCAUGUGAUGGGGAUUUGGUUACUUUUGAAAGUGUUGCUAGAUUGCACCCUGAAUUGAUCAAUACGUUGUAUCCCAGUGAGAACAGCGGUAUAUCGAGUUUAAUCUACGCGAUAUGCUUUGAUCAAUACGCUAUUGCCGAGUCUAUCUUGACACACCACAAUGGGGACCCAGAUUUGCAUGAUACGCUUGUAAAUAACUAUACGCCGUUAAUGUGGGCUGUUUAUUUCAACCAAUUGGAUAUGGUCAAGUUGUUACUCAAUCAUCAAGCGGACCCAUAUAUAUCGCCUAAAGACGACGACAAGACGGCCAUAACUUUGGUAACUCCGGGAAAGACGCACGUUUAUGAAUAUUUCAAGAACCACAACUUAUUGCAGAAUCAGCAAAGGUCAUCGUUGGACAGCGACGAUUACUACGAGUCGGGAUUUCAAUAUCAGGACGAUUCCUUGGUCGACGAUUUAUCCAAUCAGAUUAAAUUGCAGAGUAUCACUGCCACGGCUGGUUAUUUAGAGGAUGAAGACCAUGAACAACCAUCAGAAGAUCUCGAUGAAGAGCAAAGAUUAGCCAAUGACCCGUUACUCACAUCUUUAAAAGAAUUUGAUUAUGAAAAAUUAUCUCCAGAUCAGUAUAUCAAAUUCACAGAUUCUGACAUUCCAUCAUUAUUAGAUUAUAUUUUCGAUUUGAGAACUAAGAAGCUAUCAUACCAACAUGAUACCAAGAUUCCGGCGGCCAUUUUAUUCCAAUUAUUGAGAUAUUCGUAUUUGAAAGUUGAUAGCGCUGAAUUAUCUGAAUUCUUAUUUGAUUGUUUCACUGCAAGAUUAAGGUCAGUUACUAAUACAAAGUCGGGAGUUUUUAAUAUGGCGACGGCUGAUGAUAAUUCAAACUCAACCGGUUCAGGUGAUAUUGUACUUUUAAGUUACUGGUUAUCAGUUAUACAAUUUUUGCACUUUUAUCUAAGUAAAAGUGGUUUUUAUUCGAAAUUUCCAAAGUUUUUACAAGAGUUAAUUAACUUGAUUCAGUCAUUAAUAGCUACGUUGUCAUUUUCGAUUAACUCAAGAUUGAAUUUGUUGAUUGAUGAUUGCAUAUUAGACUUCACUAAUUUGGUAGAUGUUUCUAAUGUAUUAUACGCAAGGGAUUGGAAUUUUUUUAAGGGUAAGCGCAAAUUUCACCCCAGUACAUAUGAAGAUAUUUUUGAUAUGUUGUACCCUCCAUCUCAAACUGAAUUAAUGAAGCCAUCACCAAUUAGGUAUAUCCAAGUGUUAAAUGCUUUGGAUUAUGUAUUAAAAUUACACCAGGUUAAUACCUUGAUCAAAUUCCAAACCUUUUCGGAAGUGUUUUACUAUAUCAACUCAAUAAUUUUCAAUAGGAUCAUAUCACAAUCGAAAUAUUGUACAAGAUCAAAGGCUAUCCAGAUCAGGUUGAAUAUUUCCACGUUGGAAGAUUGGUUAAGGUCUCAUAACUAUAAGAACUAUAAACCUGAUAAAAUUGGACAACUUUCAAAGAUGUUAGGUCCCGAAAACAAUCUGAUACAUCUCAGCAACCUCUUAGAGGAAACCAAUGAUAUUAAAAAUCCGCAUUCAUUAUCCUUCUACUACAAUUCUUUAUACCAUAUUGGAAAGACGCAAUUGCAACCAACUAUUGAGUUACUACAAUGGCUCCAGUGUAUGUCACUGUUAACCGACGAAGAAAGUUUGAUUAUAACCAUUAACCAGUUUGAUUAUUUAAACUAUUAUCAGUUAUUCAAAAUAAUGCACAAAUUAUACAAAUACGAGGUCAAUGAACCAAAACUUCCGAAGGCUUUAUCCAAUUUGGUUAAGAACUUGCAGAACCAAAAAGGUGAAUCUCAGGUAUCGCAACGCAAUUUGCAUUACAUGACGCAGACCAACUUUUUACUGAAGGAAGUUUACAUUUAUCUAAACCCAAAUUAUGUGUUUGCAGUGGCCUUACCAAAUUUAAACGAACUAAUUAAUAGUUAUGGAUCUGGAAUUGGUGGUGUCAAGACAUUGAGAGCUAAGAAAUAUCAACCUUCUUUACCAUUGAGUAUUAUAGAUGAUGUGGAUGAUAUAUUGACUCAAAAUAAAAAUGACGUUAACGACACUUUCGACUAUGACCAAGACAAUAAUACGGCCGACGAAGAACAAGAGGAAGAAGAAUUCGAACGUUCGGCCAAGGAUGUACCCUCCAGCCAUAAAUCGUCAAGUUUCAAGGGUGACGAACUUUUUAAAGAGGUUCAACUUCCAGGCUCUCUCGCGCAUAAGAACUGGGGUGACGACGAUAUCGAAUCAAACCCAUGGUAA